GCUACUGCAGUCGUGGCGCUUUAGGGGCAAGUCUUGGUGUCUCGCAGGGACCUGGUACUGAAGACGCUGUUCGGGGAUCUGCCAUUCUACUUACCCUUACGCCCGCCUUUCCCCUCCCAUUCCUGGCAGGAUGAGGCGCGCAGGCCUGGGUGAAGGGGUGCCUCCUGGCAACUAUGGAAACUACGGCUAUGCUAAUAGUGGGUAUAAUGCCUGUGAAGAAGAAAAUGAUAGACUCACUGAAAGUCUGAGAAACAAAGUAACUGCCAUAAAAUCCCUUUCCAUUGAAAUAGGCCAUGAAGUUAAAAGUCAAAAUAAAUUACUAGCUGAUAUGGAUUCACAAUUUGAUUCUACAACUGGAUUUCUAGGGAAAACUAUGGGAAAACUGAAGAUUUUAUCCAGAGGAAGCCAAACAAAGCUGCUGUGUUAUAUGAUGCUGUUUUCAUUAUUUGUCUUUUUUGUCAUUUAUUGGAUUAUUAAACUAAGGUGAUAGAAGUAAGUGAGAGUUUGGAAUUUGUUCCAUCUUCCAGGUUUUGAGUACUACUUUGGUUAAAAAGAAAUUACCAUAAAACAUUCCUAAUUUUCAAAUACUGUGACAUUUUUCCAUUAAAGAUCAUUGAAUUUUAUCUGUUUUACAUACUGUAUUAGAUAACACAAGGUUCUUCCAAUGCAUUGUCAACAAAAAAAAAUUUUUUUGAGGGGGCCUCCAUUUUCAGGGGUUUUGAGAUGGCCUGAGGUUAGUCUGGCUCUCAUAAUUUUCUAUUGUUUGUUAAUUGCCCGAUAAAUGAAUAAAUAUUUUGUUCUUAAAUACCAUAAAUGUUUAACACAGUCUAUGUAAAGAUAAUGGAAAAGUAGCAUCCUGCCUGAAGACUCUUAAUACUGAACUUCGUAAACGUAUUUUCUCAAAGUGUCAUCAACUGUAACAAUGAACUCCAUCCUUCUUUAUUUGAUUAAAAUCAUAGACCAAUUUCAUCUUACCUAAGAUUUUCUACCAUUUUUGAACGAUAUAAUUCCUCCCUCUACCCAAUGCUAUGAUUCUUCAAUAAAGCUUGCUUUUUAUUUAUUUCUAGUACAGAUCAAUAUAAAUGUGUACUGGGAUUUCUGUUAUUUCAUAUCAACUUUAUAUUUGCUACUUACCUGACUUAAAAUUUUUUAUAUUAUUCUAAGUAUAAUGACAAGUGACCAUUUGGUUAUCAUCUAUGACAGCAUAAUCUGAAGUUAGAGUGAUUGCUGACCUUUGGGUGGAAAAUAAAUUGUUUAAGAAAGUUAA